AUGACGCCGUUUGUGUGCGCAGUCGUGGCACUCUGGGUCGGAUCAAUGAGCGCAGCAGCAUCCUUCCCUGGAUUUCACGAGGCCCUCAGGAAUAGGAUGCGCACAGCUGGAAGGAGCGGCGGAGGUCAGGCUGGUCACCUCCGCCACACGAACCGAUAUCCGCUUUAUAUGAUGCACCUCUACCGGACCCUGCUGACCGGAGACGAUAAACAAAUGAGCCAUGAGAAUCCAACCCUGUACGACUCCGAUUCUGUCUUGAGUCUCGUCGCCAAAAGUUGCCAUCAGAUUGGGGACAAAUGGGCCGUGACAUUUGACAUGUCCUCCAUAUCGACAAGCGACACCGUCCACCAGUCUGAACUUCGGAUUCGCCUUCCAGAAUUCCCCUCCACCGGCAACGCAGAGGUGGACGUCUAUCACUCAUCCAAACGUCAGUGUGACCAGAACCCAUGCGCUGAAACGCGGCUUCACCUCGGCAGUGUAAAAUCCAAACCGAGCGACCUAGCUUCCCAAUCCUCCUGGAAGGUUUUCAACAUCACAGCACUUCUUAAAUACUGGUUGCAUCAAGGUGAGAUGGUGCCCAUUGAAGAACACACCCAGAUGUCUGCAGUGGAAACCAAAGCAUAUGAGGAGCAGGGUGUCCAGCAUCCCACGGCGAACAGGGUCAUGAUGGUGGUUUAUUCCAAACAGAACCAGGCCAAGACAUCCACACUCAUCCAGACAGCUGAGCACUCCAAGUAUGUGGCUUUGGAGCGGGCCAGCGGUGGAAGUGACUCUGUGGCCCGGCGUCAAAAGCGGAACCACAGAUCUGGGGACAGAGUGCGUGGAGGAGUAGGACCUGGCUUGACUCCUGGUGUUUCGCAUGAGGCGGGGGAUAAGAAAUCACUUUGCAGAAAGGUGGACAUGUGGGUGGACUUUGAUCAAAUCGGCUGGAGCGACUGGAUUGUUUAUCCAAAGCGCUACAAUGCCCAUCGCUGUGAAGGUGGCUGUCCUACGCCCGUAGACGAGAGCUUCACUCCAACUAACCAUGCCUACAUGCAGAGUCUUUUGAAGAUGCACCACCCGGACCGGGUCCCGUGCGUGUCCUGUGUACCCACCCGUCUGGCCCCACUUUCUAUGCUCUAUUAUGAGAACCGGAUGGUUAUGAGACACCACGAAGGGAUGGUGGUCGCAGAAUGUGGCUGCCACUGAUCCUUCCAAAUCCCAAAUGGACUCAACAUCAGCACUUUAUUUGGAUAUGCUCACCAAAAUCAAAUAUCUAUGAAAGCACGAUCGAAGAUACUACAGAUAUGUUCAGGAUGAAAAAGCAAAUUUUGUUUGACUGUUUUGGACA